AAGUUUCAGUAAUAGGCUGUAUGGCAGCAGGGAGGUGACCAGCAGCUGCAGCAGCGGCGGCAGCAGCAGCAGCUCACUGGAGAAUAGCUCCUCUAUGAACGCCCUUCUGACUGACUUGCCUGUGAAUCACAUUUUCCACCUACAACACUGUUACUUCAGCCUGGGCCCCUCCGAAGGAACACAUGCAACAAAAGCUUUCUUCCUCACCGAUAACUUCACUCAGCCGAGGCGAUCUGCUGCUGCGCGCUCAGCUGACUGCUUUAAACAAGUUAGAAGAGAAGAGCAAUACGAUCGACUAAUCGGACACGUUUGUUUGAAGACUUUCCACUAAAGUUUUUCUCUUUUUUCUCUCUCUUUGAUGGAAGAUCAUGAGCGAGUAUCGGAAUAAUGCUCUAUUCAUUCCUCUGUCACAGUUAAUCAAUCAGCCCCGAUGGAGCCGUAUAAGCUAGCGAACAAGUGUUUCUACCCUGAUCGAUGGUAGUUAUUGAUACAUCGUUGUUGAUUAUCGGGAAGUGAGUAUUGAUCUGUACUGACAUGGAUCUUCAGGUGCUUGUCUGGCUGUUCUACUGCUUUCUGAUGCCCACCGUGCUGUUAACAGCUUGUCUGUUUCGUUACAACAUCCUGUCACUGGUUCACUUCCUCUACCUGCUGCUGCUGCCAUGGUUCCUGUGUCCAAACAAGCACACAAUCAGAGGUCACACAGGUCGCUUUAUCAGAGCGGUGUUCUGCACCAGUCUACUAUUUGUACUGGCACACAUCUGCUUCCAGACAGUACUAUACACAUAUCCACCUCUCAACAUCGCCAUAGGUGAUAACUGUUCGCAAUGGGACACCAUAACCAGACAUAUAGGACUGUCCAGGCUUCCCUUGGAUGAUCCAUGGAAUUUGUUACGCCUUCUGUGUCCUGACCUGGGUGUGUGUGUGGUUUCCUUGAUAACAGUCAUCCUCUGCAACAGACUGGUCAGGAACAGAGAAAUGGUGGCUGCUGCCAACAUUACAUCGCUCGACGAUGAUCCAACAGAAGAAAACACAGAUGAUGAGGAGCAGGAAGAAGAGGAGAAAGAGGCAUCAGGAGAUGAAGAUGAAGAAGAAAAGUCAUUAGCUGGUGAUCCUGAUGAGGAGGUUUCCACAGCAACCAAAGCCAAGCAGCUGGCCGAGCGUCUGAAGGCCACAGCCCGGAAAGUUCUACGGGACCUGGGGAGAAUCUUGGCCAUCAGCCUACUGGCUUUGGCUGGCAUCACACUGCCCUCUGCCUUCUCAGCCAUCUACUUCCUGCUUUUCAUCGGCGUGUGCACGUGGUGGGCAUGCCACCUUCCCAUCAGUCACCUGGGUUUCAAUGCUCUGUGUGUGAUGGUGGGCUUCUUCACGGCUGGUCACAUGGUUUGUCUGUACUUGUACCAGAGUCUGCUGGCCCAGGCCCUGUUCCCCCCACACAGUCUGUGGGCCAGACUCUUUGGACUAAAGGACAUCAUCCUACCAGGAAACUGCUCCUCACCCUAUGACCUUAACCUUAAUGCCAAUCAUGAUUGGCCAGUUUAUGUCAACCCAGGGAUACUGUUCCUCCUCUACAUUACCAUAGCAACUGUUCUCAAGACAGGAUGUCAUAGCACACCUUACCAGCAGGUUAAGGAGCAGCAGCAGGAGAAAGCUGAAGACGAGGAGAUGGUGGAGUUAAAGUCAUGGAACCAACAGAAAGAGGACUAUGAAGAUGACACACAGCUCAUGCUCCUGUCUAUAGGCACAGAGGGCAGCAGAGGAGGAACUUUGGCUGGAGAGAGUCAGCCAGAUCUGGGUGAUAGUGCCCCCAGUGGACCCCGAAAAAGUGAGAGCCCAUUUUUCUUGCUGGGAAAGGUGGUCAUGCAGCAGAGCUAUGUCUGUGCACUCAUAGCUAUGAUGGUUUGGAGCAUUACGUACCACAGCUGGCUGACCUUUGUGCUGCUGCUGUGGGCCUGUCUCAUCUGGAUCCUGCGUGCCAGACGACAUGCAGCCACACUGUGCUCUCCGUUCAUCCUGCUCUAUGGCCUGGCUCUGUGCUGUCUGCAGUACGUCUGGGCCAUGGAGUUACAGCCUGAACUGCCCACCACUGUGGGCACCAUGAGCCUCAGACAGCUGGGACUGGACCGAGCACAGUAUCCCUGUCUACGACUGGGAGCUUUGCUCCUGUACACUUUAACCUUCUGGCUGUUAGUACGUCAGUCAGUGAAGGAAAACUUCAGCAGGAAGAGGAAAAUGGUCACACCACUACAGGAAGUCACUACAGGAGAAGAGGGAGCUGGUAAUGAAUCAGUGCUGAAAGUUCUAGGAGGCAUGGUGAUGAGCUGUUAUGCCAAAUACUGGAUCUAUGUGUGCGGAGGGAUGUUCAUCAUGGUCUCCUUUGCUGGAAAACUUGUCGGAUACAAAAUCAUCUACAUGCUGCUGUUCCUGCUCUGCCUCUGUCUCUAUCAGGUGUACUAUUCUCUGUGGAGGCGUCUGUUGAAGAUCUUCUGGUGGCUGGUUGUGGCCUACACUAUGCUGGUGCUCAUCUCCAUCUACACUUUCCAGUUUGAAGACUUCCCUGGAUACUGGAGGAACUUUACUGGUUUCACAGAAGAACAGCUGGCAGCGAUCGGUCUGGAAACAUUUGCUCUGUCUGAACUCUUCAGCAGUAUUCUGAUCCCUGGCUUCUUCCUGCUGGCCUGUAUUCUGCAGCUGCACUACUUCCACAAACCCUUCAUGAGAAUUACUGACCUGGAGCAUGUUACACCUAUACACAAGAAGAAGAGCAGUGAGCAGUCUGAGCCAACUGGUUCUGGUGAUGUGGAAACGAACUUUGAAGAGGAAGACCUGGGGACUAACAUUGAUGAGGAGUCUGAAGAUGAAGUGGAGUUGGUGCCCAGUAAGUGGGGUCUGGUGAUGGACAGGUUACUGGUCCUGUCUAGAAGGUUCUCUGACAUUCUCACCAAAAUCCAAGUGUUUCUCUGGAGGCUUCUGGAGCUCCACAUCCUCAAGAUGGUGGCCUUCUUCUCUGUGUGGGUUUCGCUCCAAGAGCCAUCUGUGAUGAACCUGGUCCUGGUGGUACUGUGGUCUCUGGCCAUGCCCUACGGUCGCUUUAGACCCAUGGCUUCCUGUCUGUCUACAGUCUGGGUGUGUGUCAUCAUCGUGUGUAAGAUGCUGUACCAGCUCAGUGUUGUCAACCCUGAUGAGUACUCCAGUAACUGUACCCUGCCUCUAACAAAUGAAACCAACCUGCUGCCAGAAGAGAUGAAGAACUCCUCUCUGUAUAAGAAUCGAGUGGAUCCAGCCAAAUGGUUUGGCAUCAGGAAAGAUGCCACAGUACUGGGAUACAGCAAGGACCAUUUAAUGGUGCUGAUGUUGUUGGUGUUUGAGGCAACAGUGUAUCGUCACCAGGCUCACCACUACCGUCAGCUCCAACGAUCUCCCCCCACCAUCCCUGCUCUGUUCCCCGCUGCCACCAGGGACACGCUGGACAAGGGCCUCAUCCCCUGCUUCAAGUACCUGCUCAACUACACCUUCUACAAGUUUGGAUUAGAGAUCUGCUUCCUGAUGACGGUGAAUGUGAUUGGCCAGCGGAUGAACUUCUUGGUGAUAAUCCACGGCUGUUGGUUGGUGGCCAUCUUGGUGAGGCGGCGGCGGGCAGAAAUUGCCAAGAUCUGGCCCAAAUAUUGUCUGUUUCUGUCCAUAUUCAUGAUCUACCAGUAUCUCCUGUGUGUGGGCAUACCUCCUGCUCUCUGUAUAGACUACCCCUGGCGGUGGAACACUCCAGUGCUGAUGAACUCAGCUCUCAUUAAAUGGAUCUUUCUGCCCGACUUCUACACUGUGCCAAACUCCAAAAAUCUUAUAGCGGACUUUGUGCUGCUCAUGUGUGCAUCCCAGCAGUGGAAGGUGUUUGAGUGUGAGCACACGGAGGAGUGGAUGGUUCUGGCAGGAGAGAACACAGACGACCCUGAACCAAUGGAGGGUCGACUGUUCAACCCGGCACCCAACUUUAUCAACUGCAGGAGCUACCUGGACAUGGCUAAAGUUUUGGUCUUUCGUCACCUCUUCUGGUUUGUGCUGUCAGUUGUCUUCAUCACCGGGGCAACAAGGAUCUCUGUGUUUGGACUGGGCUACCUGCUGGCUUGCUUCUUUUUUCUGCUGUUUGGGACGAGGCUAUUGGUCAAACCAUCCAGGACCCGCCUCGUCAUGUGGGACUGUCUCAUCAUCUACAACGUGGCAGUCAUUAUCUCUAAAAAUAUGUUAUCAAUCCUGGCGUGUGUGUUUGUGUUUGAGAUGCAGAAAGGCUUCUGUUGGGUCAUUCAACUCUUCAGCCUGGUUUGCACAGUCAAAGGAUACUAUGACCCAAAAGCAGUGAGUGACAAGACGUGCAGCCUCCCAGUAGAAGAGGCCGGGAUCAUCUGGGACAGUAUCUGUUUUCUCUUUCUGUUGCUGCAGCGGAGGGUUUUCCUCAGUUACUACUUCCUGCAUGUGAUGGCAGAGCUGCAGGCUUCUGCCAAACAGGCCUCCAGGGGGUUUGAGCUCUUCAGAGCCAGCAUCGUGAAGAACAUUAAGUUCCACCAACAAGCUGAGCAAAAAUCUCUGUCACAGCUCAAGAGAUCGAUGCAGAGGAUUCGCUCAAAGCAGCAGAAGUACAAAGAAGGACACAAAACAAGUGAAGAUUCCAAAGAGAGUCAGACUGCUGAGACCCAGAAAGACAAGAAGAGUUCCAGGAAGAAAAAGUGGUACCAGCCAUGGUUGGACCAUGCUACAGUGCUCCACUCAGGAGAGUAUUACCUAUUUGAAUCAGACAGUGAGGAUGAAGAGGAGUCUGAAGAACAGAAGCCGCAGAAACAGACUGCCUGUCAGCUGGCAUACCAGGCAUGGGUGUCCAGUGUGAAAGCAGCUUUGAGAGAACGGCAGAGACAUCAGAGACAGCUGAAGAAGAUUGAGAAGAAAGAGAAAGAAAGAGAACAAAGAGUGGAUUCACAACAGGAGGCUUUUUCUGUGAUAGGUUGUGGGGACAAUGAUGUGUUUGAGGACCCUGGCGUUCAGGAGGAGGUGGAGGAGCCGGAGGAAGAGGAGUCUGGUCAUGGUGAGAUGGUUCAGAGGAUCCUGGAUAUCCUGCGCUUCUUAUGGGCCAUUGUUCUGGCCAUGGUGGAUGGACUGACUCAAUGGCUCAACCUGCUGACCAAACAGUACAGAGAAACAUCUACUGUUCUGUGCAACGAACGCUACUUCAUCAUACACAAGAUACAGCAGCAUCCAACAGCAGACUCCACAGACGAUCAGAUAUCAGAGGACAGUGAGAAUCCCACACUGGAGACUUGUUUGGAUGAGACUGAUGCAGACUCCACCAAAUUCAGCUGCCUGGAGGUGGACAGCAGAGGUGUGACAGGCCGGUCUACCCCAAGACCAAGGCUCAACAGCACUGGGAACCUGUUGAGUCCAGAACCCCCAUCCAGCAGCAUGGAGCUUCUACCAGUCCCAUCCAAACAACAACACAGACACUCCAGAACAGCCAGUGAGCUGCUGGGAGACAGGCAGUUCUUCAUUGAGGAGCUGGAACAGAGCAGAGAGUUCUAUAACAACCAGAGCCGUCUUCUGAAGCUGCUGUUUGCCAUGUACAACCUGCUGGCAGCCAACUCUGAGCUCGUCUGUUAUUUUAUCAUAGUGUUAAACAACAUGGUCAGUGCCUCUGUGAUAUCACUGGUCCUCCCCAUACUGGUGUUCCUGUGGGCUAUGUUGUCUGUUCCAAGACCGACAAAGAGGUUUUGGAUGACUGCUAUCGUCUACACAGAGGUGAUGGUGUUGGUGAAAUACCUUUUCCAGUUUGGGUUCUUUCCUUGGAACAGUGUUUAUGAGAUGACUUUAAAUGAAGACAAACCAUUCUUCCCACCUCGGAUCCUGGGCCUGGAGAAGACUGACAACUACAUCAGAUAUGAUCUUCUUCAGCUGCUGGUGCUGUUCUUUCACAGAUCCCUGCUCAUGCGUUAUGGCCUUUGGGACCACGAGGGUCCCCUGGAGGAGGAGAGCCCCUCAUCAGAAAGUGAUAAGGAUGAAGGAAAAGCUAGAGAAGGAGAUGAAGAUGGAAGGAGGAAGGAGAGAAGACGAGAGGAGGAGGAGGAAGGCAGAGUGAGCUCAGCAUCUACCUUGGAAAACCUUGAAGUGACUGAACUGGACCAGCUUCCAAAGGAUGAUGUGGACUAUGCUGAACCGAGCACCAGCUCUGCUGCGAUCACACAACCUGCUGCAGCUGAAGCAGCACCCACGGAGUCAAAUGAUGGACAGGAAACUCCCACCAGGCCAGAGGAGGAGGAGAAGAGGGAGGGAUACCCUGAGCAGGUGAUCGAGGAAGUCCCAAAGAAAAGCAGCAGUAUUCGCUUCCGCAAGAAACCUAAACAACCCAAACAACAGCGCAGCAAAGCUGUUUCAGUGGAGUCCACAGCUGAGACUGAAGAGCCCUGUGAAGAGCCAAUGAAGAAGAAGAAGCAGAAAGGCAGGAGGGCAGAGGCAGCCAGUCAGAGAUUGCUGGCUGUGGGACAGAAGAUAAAACAUGUCUUAAUCUCUGGUGUUCAGAGUGUUUACAAGCCGGUGCAGGGCUUCUUCAGGGGUAUUCUUCAUGCUGAGUAUCGGGCUGCCACAGAUGUCUAUGCACUCAUGUUUCUGACUGAUGUCAUUGACUUCAUUAUCGUCGUCUUUGGCUUUUGGGCUUUUGGGAAACACAGUGCCGCAGCUGAUAUAGCCUCCACCCUGUCAGAGGACCAGGUUCCUGAGGCCUUCCUGGUGAUGCUGCUCAUCCAGUUCAGCACCAUGAUCAUUGACAGAGCCUUGUACCUGCGCAAAGCUGUCUUGGGAAAACUUAUCUUCCAGGUGAUCCUUGUGUUUGGGAUCCACCUUUGGAUGUUCUUCAUCCUGCCUGCUGUCACCGAGAGGAAGUUCAAUCAGAACUUUGUUGCCCAGCUCUGGUACUUUGUCAAGUGUAUUUACUUUGGCCUGUCAGCCUAUCAGAUCCGCUGUGGAUAUCCCACUCGUAUCCUCGGCAACUUCCUCACCAAGAAAUACAACCACCUCAACCUGUUUCUCUUCCAAGGGUUUCGUCUUGUGCCAUUCCUGGUGGAGUUGCGAGCAGUGAUGGACUGGGUUUGGACUGACACGACUCUGUCUUUGUCAAACUGGAUGUGUGUGGAGGACAUUUAUGCCAACAUCUUCAUCAUUAAAUGCAGUCGAGAGACUGAGAAGAAAUACCCACAGCCUAAAGGACAGAAGAAGAAGAAGAUAGUGAAAUAUGGAAUGGGCGGACUCAUCAUCUUCUUCUUGAUCUGCAUCAUCUGGUUUCCCCUUCUGUUCAUUUCAUUGGUCAGAUCAGUGGUGGGUGUGGUCAACCACCCCAUCGAUGUCACAGUGACUGUCAAGCUGGGAGGAUACGAGUCCCUGUUCACCAUGAGUGUGCAGCAGCAGUCCAUCCAACCCUUCACAGAGGCUGAAUAUGACCAACUUACCAAAGACUUUGGAGACAACGCAGUAGCCAUGCAGUUCAUCACUCUCUACAGUUAUGAGGAUAUUGUGACGGCGAUGAUUGAAGGUAGUUCAGGAUCAGUAUGGAGGAUCAGUCCACCCAGCAGACAAGAAGUCAUCAAAGAGCUACUUGGAAGUCCUGUUGACCUAACACUACGUCUAGCCUGGAACUUCCAGAGGGACCUAGGCAAAGGAGGGACAGUUGAACACACAUUUGAUAAACACUCCAUAGACCUGGAACCUGGGAAUCCAGUCAGAGCAGAUCUGGCCUCUCUAUUGGUUGGCAAUCGCACUGAGCCUGUGCUUGUUCCUAAUAUGUUUCCUAACUACAUCCGUGCCCCCAAUGGAGCUGAGGCCAAACCUGUCAGUCAACUGUAUAAAGGUAAUGAAGACGGUUACCUGAAUAUAACCCUGUCCCUGAUGAGCGACAGAUCACUGAACGGCAGUGGGAACCAGGAGUGGUGGGACAUUGCCAUCGCAGGCUGUGCCUCCUCCUCAUGUGGGGUUCUACCCAUGGUCAUAUUCAAUGACAAAGUCAGUCCGCCCAGCUUGGGUUUCCUGGCUGGAUAUGGGAUCAUGGGUCUGUAUGUGUCCGUGGUCUUAGUCAUUGGGAAGUUUGUGCGCGGCUUCUUUAGUGAGAUCUCCCACUCCAUCAUGUUUGAGGAGCUGCCCUGUGUGGACCGCAUCCUGAAGCUCUGCACAGACAUCUUCCUGGUGCGUGAGACAGGAGAGCUGGAGCUGGAAGAGGAACUUUACUCCAAACUGAUCUUCCUCUAUCGAUCUCCAGAGACUAUGAUCAAAUGGACCAGGGACAUGCACAGUCGAGACCAAGACAGAUACUGACUGACUGACUGACUGAUUAUGUUUGGUUGCAAUAGAACACAGUGAUAUCUGAAGCACACUGUCCAGGGGACAGCAAAAUGUCCAUUUCUUAUCAGAGUGGACAUUGCCAACAGAACAAGGAGACAUGUGAAGGGAGAUGUACACUAAAGACAUACUGUAUGAAACAUUUCCUGUUGCUGGACACCUGUUGCUGUUGAAUCUUCACAGCUGCCUGAGCACUUUCAUCAAACCACCUUACACUACAGACCAUAGAGAGUGCAACUACAGUCCCACAGUGGGUGGGAUGGAUGGCAGUUUGAUGUCUGGCCUGCAGGAUUUGGACAUUACGGCCUUGGAAGGCAAAAUUAACGGUCAGAUUGAGCUAUGGUAAUGGUCAGAGGUCAAAGGUCAAACACAAGAGAUACUUUAUUCCCGACUUCUGUGCAUUUGAGCCACCCUGGUGGAGUGACUGUGUGGCUGAAACUGCUUGUAGGUCAAACUACCUGCAGUUACUGUAUAAGUUUGCUGAUUGAUUCGACAACAGGCCAUGCUGUCAGACUCAGGAAUGCUUUAAAAUCAUUCAUUCUUGUAACAGUAAUGUGCACAGCAGCCAUGUUCGUUUGACUUUGCAUCAUGAACAGAGGUUUGGCAAAACAAGUCUAAUUUAAAGGGCUCAUUUAGGGUUUAGGAAGCCAAAUUCUGAGUUUCAGUUCUCAGUCACCACAGAAAACGGAAUGGAAAUGUACAUGGCUUAAACACUAAACUUCCAAGUUGAAGAAAAGAUGUCACUGUUGUGUUGGCUGACAGAACUGGUGAUCUUAAAACCAAAGACAAAACACAAGUAAAAGAAGACUAGGGGUCCAAGCAGAUUUUUGAGCAUUUGGACAAGAAACACUUUAUUUUCUUCAAGUAAUUCAUCGUGAUCAUCACUACAUGCUGAUGCUCUGUUGAGGUAUAUAAAUCUACUUUCAGAAACAUUUAAUGUAGAUUAUGACCUUCUGUGAAAACGUGUUUCACAUGACUACAUUUGUAUUGAUUUUUCUUUUUUCAAGAUCUGUCUAGUAAUUUAUGCACAAAUACUGCUACUAUGUGAGAAGUGUCAAAACUUACCCUGGAAAAUGCAAAGAUUCAGACCCCGUGCAAGACGCAGGAUUUGGACUCUUAACCUUUGCAUUAAAGGACAAUCACCUCACCACUCAAUUACUGAGCAAAUCAGCUCACCAGUGUAUAUGUACAACCAUGAAAAUACCAAGGGACAUGCCUAGAAGGUUUUGACAGACUGAAUUAUGAAUUGAAUGAAGUUCUGUUUACAUGAGAUGAAUAUGUAGCUUUUGUAUUAUUUUAUACAUAUUGGAUAUUUGAGAUUUGUCACAAGAGAUGGGGAAGUUGAGUCUGGACUUGAUAAAGUAGCAGAGGAUAUGGCAUGUCAAGUUCACAACAGAUGGGCAGAAACAGGAGGAAGCACACACUGUGGCUGCAUUCAGCCACGACAAAACAUAGCAAAAGGUUUAUUUAAACACAAACAGUGUUGAACACCCUUGGUGCUUCUUAAAGUCAAGAAUGCUUCCAAGACUUUUUCCUAGCAUUUGGUGAACGCACAUUGGAACAGGCUAGCGAGUGCUCAGGUGUGUGUCAUUAAAGAGGGCCCGCCUUCAAUUUCGGCAAAUCGUGGACAAAGACUUGUGAGUACUUCAUGCAUGCUGAGGAUACACAUAUGCAUCCUUGAAAAUUCUCUGAAGGAAGGACUCGGUGCUUGGUAGAAUUUGAAGGAUCCUUGACAUUGGAACAGUCCUUUGGCAGGACUUGAUGAUAGCCUCCUUGAAAUUUAGUCAUUUAAGGAUCCUUCCUUGACUUUGAGAAGCACCACCUGUUGUGUUUAGCAGGUGGACAGCCUUUUAAUAUUGCAGGGUUAAAUUCAAUUCAAAGGAGCUUUACUGGCAUGGGAAACAAAUGUUUAGAUUGCCAAAGUAUGUGCAAUAAAAGCAAAAAUUGUAUGUACAGUAAGUAAAGAUAUACCAAAAUUUGGUUUAUGUACACAUCGCUGCUGAUUGGGUAACACUUCUGACACAUCCACCAAAUGAGAGAAAACAUACCCUUUGCACACCGUUUCACACUUUGAAGAAACAUGUUGUUUAACCUGGAAAUCAUAGAAAAAUGAUGCACAACAUUUUCUGAUUGAACGUGUCCUUGGUGUGUUUCCUGACGACCUCUCCAACCCCGCCCACUGGCUGCAAGGCCAGGAAGCCAAAACAACUUCACAAACAGAAGGCAGAGAGAGGGACGUUACAAAACUUAAAAAGUCACAACAACUUAACUGUUGGAAAUACAAUUCAGAAAGAAAUACACAUUAACCUGCUUUUGUCAGGUGUAUUGUCAAAGAUUUACGUGAAAACUGUUUAAAAAUGACUGUUGAUGAUAUAGAUAAUGUUGUGCAUGCAUUACAACAAGUUGUUGAAUAUCACUGCAAGCUCACUGACAUAUCUGAACACCAUUUAAAACAGUUGAUAUGAAGUGUCCAAA